CCCCAGCGCCUCGGGGAGCCGGCCCCCUGCCCCAUGGGGCUCAGCGCCCCGGACAGGGGGCUGCUGCUCCGCCUGUGGGGCAAGCUCGGCGGAUGGGUCCAGAGCCGCGAGGCUUGGGUGCAGAGCCGCGACGAGCAGCUCCUGCUGCAGCAGCAGAGGAUCUGGGAGUCCCCGCUCCUUCUAGCCGCCAAGGAGAAUGAUAUCCAGGCACUGACCAAGCUCCUCAAGUACGAGGCCUGCGAGCUGCACCAGCGGGGAGCCCUGGGGGAGACUGCGCUGCAUGUGGCCGCCCUCUAUGACAACCUGGAUGCUGCCCUGCUGCUCAUGGAGGCGGCCCCGGAGCUGGUCCGGGAGCCCAUGGUGUCGGAGCUGUAUGAGGGCCAGACCGCUCUGCACAUCGCCGUCGUGAACCAGAACGUGAACUUGGCUCGAGCCCUGCUUGCCCACGGGGCCAGCGUCUCUGCGAGAGCCACAGGGAUGGCCUUCCGCCAUAGUCCCCACAACCUCAUCUACUUUGGGGAGCACCCGCUGUCGUUUGCUGCCUGCGUGGGCAGCGAGGAGCUCGUGCGGCUGCUCAUCGAGCACGGAGCAGACAUCCGAGCCCAGGACGCCCUGGGAAACACCGUGCUGCACAUCCUCACCCUCCAGCCCAACAAGACCUUCGCCUGCCAGAUGUACAACCUGCUGCUGUCCUACGACGGCCGUGGGGGGGACACCCUGCAGUCGCUGGACCUCGUGCCCAACCACCAGGGCCUCACCCCCUUCAAGCUGGCAGGGGUGGAGGGCAACACCGUGAUGUUCCAGCACCUGAUGCAGCGGCGCAAGCACAUCCAGUGGACCUACGGGCCGCUGACCUCCACCCUCUAUGACCUCACCGAGAUCGACUCCUGGGGAGAGGAGCAGUCCCUGCUGGAGCUCGUUGUCACCACCAAGAAGCGGGAGGCACGCCAGAUCCUAGACCAGACACCCGUGAAGGAGCUGGUGAACCUGAAGUGGAGGCGGUACGGGCGGCCGUACUUCUGCUUGCUGGGCGCCAUCUACCUGCUCUACAUCGGCUGCUUCACCAUGUGUUGCAUCUACCGCCCGCUCAAGCCCAGGACCAGCAACCGCACGGGCCCCCGAGACAACUCCCUGCUGCAGCAGAAGCUGCUCCAGGAGGCCUAUGUGACCCCCAAGGAUAACAUCCGCCUGGUGGGGGAGCUGGUGACUGUACUUGGAGCUGUGAUCAUCCUGCUCCUGGAGAUCCCGGACAUCUUCAGAGUUGGGGUCACUCGCUUCUUUGGACAUACCAUCCUCGGGGGGCCAUUCCAUAUCCUCAUCGUCACCUAUGCCUGCCUGGUGCUGGUCACCAUGGUCAUGCGGCUCACCAACACCAACGGGGAGGUGGUCCCCAUGUCCUUCGCCCUGGUGCUGGGCUGGUGCAGCGUCAUGUACUUUGCCCGAGGAUUCCAGAUGAUAGGUCCCUUCACCAUCAUGAUCCAGAAGAUGAUCUUUGGAGACCUGAUGCGUUUCUGCUGGCUAAUGGCUGUGGUCAUCCUGGGUUUUGCCUCAGCCUUCUAUAUCCUCUUCCAGACCGAGGACCCCGAAGAGCUGGGCCAUUUCUACAGCUACCCCAUGGCUCUGUUCAGCACCUUCGAGCUAUUCCUCACUGUCAUUGAUGGCCCUGCCAACUACAGCGUGGACCUGCCCUUCAUGUUCAGCGUCACUUACGCUGCCUUUGCCAUCAUCGCGGCGCUGCUCAUGCUCAACCUCCUCAUUGCCAUGAUGGGCGACACUCACUGGCGGGUGGCCCAUGAGCGGGAUGAGCUCUGGAGGGCCCAGGUCGUGGAUACCACAGUGAUGCUGGAGCGGAAGCUGCCUCGCUUCCUGUGGCCUCGCUCCGGCAUCUGUGGGUGCCAGUACGGGCUGGGGGACCACUGGUACCUGCGGGUGGAGGACAGGCAGGACCUCAACCGGCAGCGUGUACAGCGCUACGCGCAGGCCUUCCAAAACCUGGACACCGACGACCUGGACGGCAACUCGGAGCAGAAGCUGCAGCUUGGCCAAACCUUCAGCCAGCACCUGCCCCUCCCCACGCCCUCGGUGUCUCGGAGCACCUCCCGGAGCAGCACCAACUGGGAGAGGCUGCGGCGAGGGACCUUGCGGAGGGAGCUGCGGGGCGUGGUCAACAGGGGGCUGGAGGAGGACCAGUACAGCUGGGAGUACCAGAUCUGA